AUGGCACUAAGCGCAGCACGUCAACAAUCAUCCAAUGCAUUACAAUUAAAUGAGGAUAUCAUGAAACAGUUAACACCUGAAGAAAUCGAUGAAUUUCGCGAAGCAUUUAUGAUGUUUGAUAAAGAUGGUAAUGGAACCAUUUCAACUAAAGAAUUGGGUAUUGCAAUGCGAUCAUUAGGACAGAAUCCCACCGAACAAGAAAUAAUGGAAAUGAUUAAUGAAGUAGAUAUUGAUGGUAAUGGACAAAUUGAAUUUACUGAAUUUUGUGUAAUGAUGAAACGAAUGAUGAAGGAAACAGAUUCUGAAAUAAUUCGAGAAGCAUUUCGAGUCUUUGAUAAAGACGGAAACGGUGUUAUUACAGCUCAAGAAUUUCGAUAUUUCAUGGUCCAUAUGGGCAUGCAGUUCACUGAAGAUGAAGUUGAUGAGAUGAUCCGAGAAGUGGAUGCUGAUGGAGAUGGUGACAUCGAUUAUGAGGAAUUUGUAAAAAUGAUGAGCGAUCGAUAA